GCCACUGCCCACACACACGCACGGAAAGGGUGGCUUUUCCCUCUCAGGCCCGAGGUUGGAGUGCGCCUGCCACAGGCGCGCGACCCCCUUUGGAUCCUUGCGUCGGGGCUGCAUCGGUGAUGAAAGCAAAGAAAGCACUGCCAGUCCUGUGCCUUCAGAGAAGUUGCUGAGACAAGGCUAAGAAGGAAACAAAAGAACCACAAAAUCCAAGUAGUUAACUCAGGACCAGUGGUCACAGGUUCAGCCUGUGGGGGAAACCUUGAGAUCGGUCGCGCUCUGUGUACUGGAGGCAGAGUGAGGGAGAAACCUCCUUAACCACUGCAAACCAGGCCAGGGUUUGUCAAAGCGGGUGCAUACGUUUUGCACAAGAACCUUCUGAAGACCAGCAGCCAUGGGGGAGAAGUCCCACACAUGCCCCUACUGUGGGAAGGGCUUCCGACGCAACUCUCAUCUCACCCGACACCUUGCAACCCACUCAGGACUCCAGCGCCCCUUGGGGGGGAAGCGCCUCGGGCAGCAGGUCCCAGAGGAAGACCGCCCGUACAGCUGCAACUACUGCGGGAAGACGUUUGCCCGCAGUGCUCACCUGGCACGGCACCAGGAGACCCACUCGGGGGAGCGGCCCUACAAGUGCACCUACUGUGGGAAGGCCUUUGGGCGCAACUCGCACCUGACCCGGCAUCACAGCACGCACACCGGCGAGCGCCCCUAUGAGUGUGGGGUGUGUGGCAAAGCCUUCACCCGCAGCGCCCACGUCACCCGCCACCAGGGCACGCACACCGGGGAGCGGCCAUUCCGGUGCACGCACUGUGGCAAGCGCUUCACCCGCAGCGCACACCUGCAGCGCCACCAGGGCAUCCACAGUGGAGACAAGCCCUUCUCCUGCCGUGACUGUGGGAAGGGCUUCACUCGUAACGCCCACCUGGAGCGCCACCGUGCCACACAUUCAGGCGAGAAGCCCUUCAAAUGUGCCAGUUGUGGAAAGGGGUUUGGGGCUGCCUCCCACCUCGUAAGACACCAGAGAACCCAUAAGCCCCAGAGACCACCUCGUUCUGCUGACAAGAUCUAUGCAUGCUCAGAUUGUGGGAAAAGCUUUGGCGUGAGCUCCCAUCUCAACAUUCAUCGGAGGAUCCACACUGGUGAGAAGCCAUACGAGUGCAAUGAUUGUGGGAAAAGGUUCAGCCAGAGCUCCACCCUUGUGCUCCACCGCCGUAUCCACACAGGAGAGAAGCCUUACAAGUGCACGGAUUGUGGGAAGUGCUUCUCGGUGAGUUCACACCUGACAAAACAUCAAAGAAUCCACACUGGAGAGAAGCCUUAUGAGUGCCAAGCCUGUGGGAAAAGAUUCAGCCAGAGUUCCACCCUCAUCCUGCACCAGAGAAUCCAUACUGGGGAGAGGCCUUAUAAGUGCAAUGAGUGUGGGAAAACCUUCAGUGUGAGCUCACACCUUACCAUCCACCAGAGAAUUCACACUGGGGAGAAACCAUAUCGCUGCAUGGAAUGCGGGAAAAGCUUUCGACAGAGGUCUGGCCUUAGCACGCAUCAGAAGACCCAUAUGGUCCUUGUGAGGUCAUACAAGUGCCCAUCCUAAAAGACCAAGCCCCAGACCUGUAUGCCAACUCACAUCCGAAUUUCCCAUUUCCGUAUUGCAGAAACAAACAAAACAUGCCCAGAAGGUGCAUUGAGUAUUUUGUGCUCAGAAAUGACAAAUUCAGCAAAAUUUUGAUUUUGUAAUUAAGAAUAAGAAAAAGAUGACUGAUGCAAAUUUGCAUAUUUUGCCUUAAGUUGCAUGUUCUGUUGUAAGUGGCCCUGUUGGAAGAUGUGGAUUUUUUUUUCUUUGACACUUUUUGGGUCACAGUCUAUUAUCAAGUGAGAGCUAGGACUCUCUGGAUUAUUAGAAAGGGAUAGGUCUGCAGGAGCUGAAGACUAGGUUAGUGGUUAAUUUUUUUAAAAAGUCAAGAGUUCAAGGCUGUCUGAAAGUUAACAACCUCUGGAUCCGGAAGCCUUUGCCCUGUUAAGGUGCCUCAGUGAGUCACAGAUUGGAUCCAAAUCUGCCAGCCAUUUGCACAAAGGCUUCAGAGACCUGGUUCUGCUCAGUGACUGAAAUAGGAGGGUUGCUUUGGUUGUUCUGCACUUGAUGAGCCUUACUGAGAAUUGCAGGAGGCUCUGGGCACUUUUAGUUGUGUGGGUCCUGCAAGGGUGAAAAUUCUCUUCCCCUCAUUACAUAAAGAGGACCUUUCCAGAGUCAUUUGUGGCAUCAGAUCCAGACAUAUUCCCAUAGCAAGCAAUUCUGCUUCAGGGACCUUACAUUUCCCAAGUUAUCGAAUCACAAUAUAUUGUUGCUGGAGACCUACCAUUCUUUCUCCUCUAAUGUGACUGCACAUACCAUGGACACCAUCUGGAUAGUGUCUGUGAUGUCGCAAAGGUCAUCUUGUUCUAUAUUUUUCUGGGCAAGCCUCAAGCACAGAAAUAUCCUUGUGAUUCCCUACCAGCAGAGCUAUUCUUCACAGCAAUGGUCUGCCAUUUUGGAAACAUUUUCUUUUGCACAAUGUAUUCUUAUUUCUGUUGCUGUUGUUUUUAAAUGGUUUUUAAAGUAAUUGUUGGCUAUUUUCUUUGUCCUAUGAUUGUAAGCCCUUUCAGGGCUUAGGUUCGGGCUAGGAAGUGGGAUCAAAAUGAAAAUAAUCAGUAAUGAGUAAUCUUCUCUUUGAAAUGUUGUUUGAAGAAUGUGUCCUCCCUGCUUACCAGAGAUAGAGCACUUCAUUUUUUAAAAAGGAGGGUGGGGAGAACAGGCUGUUCCCAACACAGCAGUAUCAUCCCAAAGGAUUGCCCAGUUGGAACCUGGAGUUCUGGCCUGUCCCUUUAAAAGUUCCAGAGCAGCAGAUUGGGAUAAAGCCCACCAUUCUUCAACCUCUGCACUUAAAGCAGUCGGUGCAGCUUCAUUUUUUACUUCAGAGAAAGUGGCAGAGGACUGUGGACAAGGGGAUCCCUAAGUGUAGGGACAGGAUUGGAUCCACCAUGGUUCUGUGAUAUCUUUCUGCCUUGGGGGAAAAAUGGAUGGAAGUGGGUGAGCAUGAUAACAGUUUAUAACACCUGCAUGAUAGAAAGUUGAUAGAGAUCUUCCCCCAGCCUUAACUUAUAGAAUUGAAUAUAUAGAAUUAGAGGUGGGGAACUGCUGGCCUUCCAGAUGCUGCUGGAUUUCAGCUCCCAUCAGCCCUAGCCAGGCAAUGGCCAGGGCAGUAGAAAUUGUAGGCCAACAUCUGGAGGGCCACAAGUCCUCCAUCCCUGUUGCAUGACAGCAGUUGUCAUUGUGGUGGGUUUGCACCUCAUAAUAAGCCACUGUGGGUUAAUUCUCCCACAGGGCUCAGAGAUGCAUACCAGGCACCACUUUGAGUAUGCAAGCUGUGGCAGGCUGUUGGGUCGCUGGGCAGUUCUGAUGUGUGGGUGUGCAUGACAUGACAGGCUGCAGUAUGCUGCUCUCACGGCUUGCACAUUCAAAAUGGUGGCUGGCAUGCAUUUCAUAACCCUGAAAUGAAUGGACCAAUGCAGCAUGUGAAUCAGGUCACUGGCUUGAAUGACGUUAAAAGGGGAUUUGAUAUUCAGGGGCAGUAUUCCCCAAAUACCAGUUGCUGGGAACAGCAAAGGGCUAUCUUCAUGUCCAGCUUAUGGGCUUCCCAGAAGCAUUGGGUUAUGCUUGACUAAGCUGGCCUUUGAUCUACUCUGAAUCUUCUUAUAUUCUCAGCUUUUAAAGGGACAAGCAGGAUCUCCAGGUUGAGCCCAGAAAGCCAAUAUCCUCCCUCUUCAUUGUGUGUGUGUAUGAUCCACCUUCCCUAACCUGGUACUCUCCAGAUGUUUUGGACUACAACUUCCAUUAGCCCCAGCCAGUUGUAUUCCACGAUAUCUAAAUAUCGCCUGACUGGGGGAGGCUGAUGUAGGUACAAUCAUCACUGGGUCAGAGCUAGCAAACCAUGUCUCUAAGAACAAAGUCUCUUCUUUUCUGUUUCAAUUGCCUGGAUGCCGCUGAAUAGUUGAACACUCCAGUUAGAAGAAUUUUUCUAGUUUUAGAUGCUCUUCAUUUCCUUCUGUAGCUUCUCUUAUCAGCAGCUAUUUAUAUUUCUUCAUCCAGAAAUCUCUCACUAACGUUUCACUCUGUAAUCACCAUGGCUUCAUUUGGGGCAUAUUAAAGUUCAACAAGUUGCA